AUGGUUCUUCUAUCACUAGCCUUCGUACCAACAAUCUUUCUCAUAAUUUUAUUAUUGUACCGUCGAACUCAAGAGCACAAAGUCAAGCUCCCACCGGGCCCGAGGCCGUGGCCGAUAGUAGGUAACAUCUACAAUCUCAAACCAAUACACUUUAAGUGCUUCUACGAAUGGGCCCAAUUUUACGGCCCUAUUAUAUCGGUCUGGUUUGGAUCGGACUUAAACGUCGUAGUUUCGAGCUCUGAUUUGGCCAAGAAAGUGUUGAAACAACAUGAUCAAGAGUUGGCUAAUAGACACAGAAUUAGAUCUCAAACUAACUUCACUAAUGAUGGAGUAGAUCUCACUUGGGCUGAUUAUGGGCCUCACUAUGUUAAAGUAAGAAAAAUUUGUAACCUUGCAUUGUUUACGAGUAAGAAGAUUGAAGCCCAAAGGCCCAUUAGAGAAGACGAGGUCACCUCCAUGAUCGAGUCAAUCUACAAAGACUGCAGCAAUUCGUCAGAAAAAUGCGUGAUAACAUUGAGAAAAUACUUGGUGGAAGUGGCAAUAAACCACAUAAGUAGGGUAACAUUUGGAAAGAGGUUUCUCAACUUAGAAGGCGAAUUGGACGAGCAAGGACGAGAAUUUAUGAGCAUAAUACUUAGUGUGAGGUCGAUUAAGAGGCCGAGUAUGGUGGUGGAGCACGUUCCAUGGCUACGGUGGAUGUCACGCUUCUAUGAUCCACCUCUUAACGACCAUAAGGAUCGAAUGGACCGCUUUGCUAAAGAGAUCAUGGAGGAAGAAGAUAAACAACAUCUUGUACAUGCAUUGCUAUCAUGCAAGGACGAGUAUGGUCUAAGUGAAGAAACCAUCAUUGGCCUCUUUUGGGACAUGAUCAUGGCGGGUAUGGACACAAUUGCAAUCACAAUAGAGUGGGCUAUGGCGGAGCUACUAAGGCACCCAAGAGUUAUACAAAAGGGUCACGAUGAACUAGAUCAUAUAAUCGGUCAUGAAAGAAACAUAGUCGAAAAAGAUUUGGAAAAUCUCCCAUACUUACAAUCUAUCAUCAAGGAAGCCUUGAGAAUGCACCCUCCUACCCCUUUGAUGUUACCACAUAAAGCUAAUGCCAACCUAAAUAUUGAGGGUUAUGAAAUUCCAAAGGGAACAAGUGUCCUUGUAAAUGUUUGGGCCAUAGCUCGUGACCCGGAUAUUUGGCCCAACCCACACGAGUUUAAACCUGAACGAUUCUUUGAGGAAGACGUGGAUAUCACGGGUCAUGAUUUUAGAAUUUUACCAUUCGGAGCGGGUAGACGUGUUUGUAUGGGUGCAAAAAUGAGUAUAAGUUUGGUUACGUUGAUGUUAGGUCAUUUGUUGCAACACUUUGAUUGGCGUCCGCCGAACGGAGUUAAGGCUGAAGAGAUUUCUAUGGCUGAAAUUCCAGGAGUUGUUAGCUAUAUGGCCACCCCUCUACAAAUUGUGCCUCUUCCAAGGUUACCGUCACAUUUAUAUAAACGAAUAAUAGUUGAUCAUUAA